GUGUAUAUAUAUAUAUAUCCACUGUUUCUUUGUAACAACAACAACAACGUUUUUUUACAGAGAAACUCUUCAUUUGUGAGAAAGAACCGAACCAAUCUAGGAAAUUUUACCCUACCAUUUUAUCAAUCCUUAAUCAAGAAGAAGAACUAUAAUGGCUUUUAUUUCUGAAGUCAACAUGAGCUAUUCUCAGUCUCAUUACAUGGAUGAUGAAUAUGAGAAACUCUUUAGGAGAAUGAACCCUCCAAGGGUUGUAAUUGAUAAUGGAGCCUCCCAAAAUGCCACUGUUAUAAGGGUUGAUAGUGCUAACAAACAAGGAAUACUUCUUGAAGUUGUUCAAAUCCUCACUGAUCUAAAUCUCAUCAUAACUAAGGCUUACAUUUCUUCUGAUGGUGGAUGGUUCAUGGAUGUUUUUAAUGUAACUGACCAAGAUGGAAACAAGGUAACAGAUGAAGUCAUUUUGGAUUAUAUUAGAAAGUCUCUUGGUCCUGAAUCCUGCUUUGCAACUACUAUGAGAUCUGUUGGUGUUAAACAAACACCGGACCACACGGCAAUAGAGCUUAUGGGAAGUGAUAGGCCAGGAUUGCUUUCAGAAGUGAGUGCUGUUCUCACAAACCUCAAAUGCAACAUAGUGAAUGCGGAGGUUUGGACUCACAACAUGCGCGCAGCGGCUGUGAUGCAUGUGACCGAUGAGGAAACCGGUUCUGCUAUAACUGACUCACAGAGGCUUUCGCUAAUCAAGGAGCUUCUGUGUAAUGUGCUUGGUGGUGGAAACAGGAAAAGAGGUGCUAAGACUGUUGUUACUGAUGAUUCGACGCAUACUGAUAGAAGGCUUCAUCAGAUGAUGUUUGAUGAUAGGGAUUAUGAACGUGUUGACGACGACGACUUUGACGAGAAGCAAAGACCAAAUGUUGAUGUUGUGAACUGGUCUGAUAAGGAUUAUUCUGUUGUUACUAUUGAAUGUAGGGAUAGGCCGAAGCUUGUUUUCGACACUGUUUGUACUUUGACAGAUAUGCAAUAUGUAGUUUUUCAUGCUAAUAUUGAUGCCGAGGGGCCACAAGCUUAUCAGGAAUAUUACAUCAAGCAUAUAGAUGGGUCCCCUGUAAAAUCAGAUGCAGAAAGACAGAGAGUGAUACAUUGUCUUGAAGCUGCUAUUGAGAGAAGAGUUUCCGAGGGUUUGAAGCUAGAACUCUGCACCACCGACAGAGUCGGCCUAUUAUCGAACGUAACACGUAUCUUUAGAGAGAAUAGCCUCACAGUUACAAGGGCAGAAGUAACAACAAAAGGAGGAAAAGCUGUUAACACUUUCUACGUUCGAGGAGCUUCUGGUUGCAUUGUUGAUUCUAAAACAAUUGAAUCCAUUAGGCAAACAAUUGGUAACACAAUACUCAAAGUUAAGGGUAGUCCUGAAUCUCUACCUCAAGAUUCUCCUACAAGAUCAUCAAUCUUUAGUGGUCUUUUUAAGUCUAGAUCUUUUGUUAACUUUGGUUUGGUUAAGUCUUACUCUUGAAUCUUUAAGAAGCUAUUGUAUUGUACAGUUAAAUUAAAAGAUUUGGAGAUGCAAAAAGGGUUAGUAGAGGAAGUGUGACUUUAGUUUCAGGGAGUAGGAACACACUAGUAGUAUAUCUCAGAAGCUUGACCCUUUAGGAAGUGUUUGGUUGUAAAUUCUUAAGUAACCUCUCAUGCUUAAUUUAACUUUUUAGUUUUUCACUAAUCACCUUGAAAGUUUUAAGUGUCAUCAUUUGUAUAUAUACUCAUUUGGUUUUUAGUAA